UAGCGUUUACGAUACUUGCCACGUUGCUAGGCUUGUGUUGGAAUCUGAGCUGCAGUUGCGGUACCACUUCACCAUCCGUCGCAGUCCCGCCAUGAUGUAUCCGAAAGCCACGGCUCCGUUGUUCGUUUACCUAAUUUCAACCCUUUCAAUUAUCAAAGCUAGGGAACAAGUAAUAACCGCAACCCAGGCCGUAACUAUGGAUAUAUCGAUUGGCGGUAAAGCAGCAGGUCCUAUCACCAUUGCCUUAUUUGGUAAUGAAGUUCCACGGACAGUGAAAAAUUUUGUAUCGCUGGCGGGAAAGAAAGGAAAAGAGGGUUACAAAGGCUCCAAAUUUCAUAGAGUUGUCAAAGAUUUUAUGAUGCAAGGAGGAGAUUUCCUGACCGAUGAUGGAACCGGAAGUACGAGUAUCUACGGCAAGUACUUCGAUGAUGAAAACUUUGAUCUGAAGCACCAUGAUGCCGGAUGGGUUGCUAUGGCAAAUGCAGGUCCUAAUACUAAUGGCCACCAGUUCUACAUCAUCACUAAACCCGCCGAAUGGCUGAAUGGCCGUAACGUUGUCUUCGGAAAGGUUGUUGAAGGCAUGGAUACAGUCGACAAAAUGGCUGACGUGAAAACAGACAGCAAGCAAAAACCAGUGCAAGAUAUUGUCAUUACUGACUCCAGGGUUGUCGAUUCGUCUGCUCAAGUCUCUUACGAUGAUGGUGAAGUCGAUGCCUUAGUUACCAAAGAAGCCUACAUGGACAUUAGUAUCGGCGGAGAAGCAGUAGGCCGCAUCGUAAUCGGUCUCUGUGAAAAGAUCGCUCCUCGUACUAUUAAAAACUUUGAAGCUUUCUUGACAAAUCCCACAAUAAAAGAAGGGUAUAAAGGCAGCAUAUUCCAUCGUGUUAUAGCAGAUUUUAUGAUCCAAGGUGGAGACUUCCUAGAAGGCAAUGGAUAUGGAUUCACUAGUAUCUAUGGAGAAGUGUUCGAUGAUGAAAACUUCAAGUUGAAGAAUUACGGAGCCGGUUGGGUUGGCAUGGCCAACAAAGGCGUCAAUACAAACGGUUCACAGUUCUACAUAACUACAGUGAAGACACCUUGGUUAGACGGAAAACAUGUCGUAUUUGGCAAAGUACUGGAAGGCAUGGAUGUCGUCAGAGCUAUUGAAAGCAACCCCACAGGCGAGAAGGAUAAACCAAUCAAAGAAGUUGUUAUUGAAGACUGUGGUGUAAUCAAAAUAGAUGAACCAUUUUUAGUUGAUAAAGUGUGAAAAUGUGUUUAAUGUUGUGCUCUUUCUAAUUUAACAGUCGGCAAAACCUGCAGCGUUUAAUUUAUUUAUUCAUUCAUCGUCUUCAAAUUGAACAUUUUU